AUGACGUCGACGAAGACCUUUUCGGCAAUGCCACUACUCGUAGUAAGUAGCUUUCCGCUGCAGGCUGCCAGCUGGCCACUGGCACUGACGUCAAUGCACGAUGCCCAUAUCAAAUCAGUCAACAGCAUCGAAGGCCACAGAUACUUCAUCAAAAUAGCGGCGAUUGAAAUCAAAAUUGAGGCCGUCGACGGAUUUGGCAAAAGCGUCUUCUGUUUCAACUUGCAUAUUAAACCUCAGCACGAAGGGUUUAUGGUCAGCGACUACUUUGAGUAUGGAGGUCGGAGUGAUUUGAUGACUGCGAUGCACUUCAAACGAAUCGGCCAACGAGUGAUCCAAUUCAUCCGCGAGAGACGGGCACCAACUAACCAAAUCGUUCCUGUCAACCAGAUGGAAUCGACAACUUCCGGUUCCAGCUUGCUUCUCUGGUUCAAAGCACAGCUUAGACAGCUUUGUGAACAAACAGCCCUACACGGUUACAAUCACAUCGUCCGCCCGGAAUAUACGGUUCUGGAGAGAAGUCUAUGGAUUUUCGCAGUCAGCUCGGCAUUCAUCACGGCGGUUGUGCUACUGUGGAUCUCCUGGACGUGGGAUGCUGAAACGCCAACCGUGACCGUUAUCGAGAGUACGAACUACGCCAUUUGGAAGGUUUACUUUCCGGCUGUGACAAUUUGCAAUUUGAAUAAGAUAUCCGCUGCCGGGGCACUGCGGAAAGCUGAAAGCAUGGCCCGUCCAGACAACAUGAGCGCUGUGGAAUUGGCAGGAAUGUUUCGUUUGCUGUUGCAUGUCAAUGGAUUGGCUGAGGCAAAUAGAAGCGAAUAUAACAAACUACAAAACAUUCUAUGGCUAAAUAAUCUGGAAGUAACACAACUUAUGGGAGAAUUUGCUCAGCCCUGUUCGAACAUGCUGGAUCGAUGCAUGUGGAAGGGAACGCAAUGGAGAUGUGAAAAUCUGUUUCAGCCUAUUAAUAGUACCGAAGGGUUGUGUUGCUCCUUCAACUACUAUGGGAUUCGGAACAGUGUUUACAGAAGGCACUCCACAGGAAGCAUUCUUGGUGAACCAAGGCGCGUCGCCGCAAGUGGCUAUUAUACUGGUUUGUCGGUGCUGCUUAAUCCGGAAGUUGAAGAUUAUCAUACCACAGAUAUUGCGACGACCGGGUUCAAAGUUAUAAUUCAUCACUCAUACAAUUAUCCGGAUCAAAAUGCCGAAACGAGAAUAGUUGGCGCCCAAUUAGAGUCUUUCAUUUCAAUUCAACCAAAGGAAAUUUACACCACAGAGGAUGCUUUGGCGCUGGAGCCGUCGGUUCGGAACUGUUACGCCCACAACGAGGUUCGGCUGAGCGUUAUGAAGCGUUAUUCUUUUCUAAACUGUAUGAUCGAAUGUCGUACAUUGCGUAUUUUUGAGAAAUGCGGCUGCAUUCCGUACAAUCUCCCCAGCAACGGAACAUUCGCCAAUUGUGAACCCGAAGAUAUGGAAUGUCUCAUGGCGAACAAGGAACUGUACCAAAGUGCUGUACCAACUUUCAAUUUGUCGAUCACGGAAACGAGAGACGACGUUCCGUCACCUUGUCGAUGUUUACCGAGCUGCGAAAUGGUUCAAUAUCCGGUGGAGAUGAGCUCCGGUCGAUUGAAUCGGACGUUUUCGUAUAAUUCUGCAGCAUUUUUCAAAGAUAUAAACCUGAAGGAUCACAGUGUCGUUCACGUUUACUUCAACGACUUAGUAUCAACUAGAUUCCGUAAAGAUAAAAGCCAAAGUUGUCUAGGAGUUUUAGCAUCUUUCGGAGGAAUACUUGGCCUUUUUCUAGGGUUCAGUAUAAUCACCGGAUUUGAAGUAAUCUACUUCUUUAGUAUUAGAGUGCUGUUCGAUGUUUUUACAGAAUCAUGGAAACGAAAUAGGCGAGGAGAAAAUAGUAACUCCAUACAUUGGCUACCACGAGAGCAUACCUGAAGGCGUUUCAGGCACGCUCGUAAAGCUUUUUUACUUUGUGUUGCAGGUCUACAUCAUGCUGUCUUGUUUGAGGGACUGGGUUGCAAUGCACUCACUGUAGUAGUUACGUGGUCACAUUAGCGUUCUUUUAUUGAUCAAUGUCCUAUAUUCAAAACUUGCGUAUAUUGACCAAAAUAUUUAUGGAGCCAGAAAAAAUGGAAGUUAGUGACAUAUUGAUGGAAAUUCCGUCAAUCUGUCAAUAGCUUAGUAGUAUUGAUCGUGUAUAUACCGCAAUUCAGUUGUUUUACAGUGAAAGUUUGAGCACGAUUAGUCACAGUCGGUGAUCGUUUGCACUUUUUGUAGAUUGCACUUUUGUUGGUGAUGCUUUGUAAGCAUAAUAAACUUUCUCGAUUUUUCGUCUCACGCAGCGAUCGCGAAAUAUAUGAGAAUGUCGAAGGUAUUUGUG